GGCUGACGCUUACCGCGCAGACUCAUUGCAGAGCGCGAUGUUCAAAUUUGUUUCCGGCCUCAGUGUGUUCGGUCGGUCGGUGCAGACAUGGAGCGACACGACAGCAGCACUGCAAGGACUCCCACCAACAGCCUUGUCGUCAAGAGGAGGACCAAAAGCAGGAGCUACCGGCAGUCGUACCAGAGCUGCUUCGGUGCUGGUUCACGACUCGGCUUAACUCCGGCGCUGACGGCGCGGAGGUUCAACACCAGCAGGAGAGCUCCAAAGUCACGCAAUAUCACAGACAAGGUGAACGCAGAGCAGCUGGCCUUACUGGUGAAGACUGAGUGGCAGCUGUCGUACGUGACUCCCCUCUAUCGGUUCAGACACACCCAGCUGAAGAGCUACUCCAGGCAGCUGUCUGCGUUCAUCGCCGCGGAGAAGCAGCAAGGUCUGGCGGUGGAGGUGGAGGGACCGCAGGGCGGCGUCAGGGUCUCCUUCUCUGUGGUGCAGGGGAUGGUCGAGGCGGUCGAUGAUGCAGAGACUGUCCUCAUACAGAUCCAUUCAAAGCCUCUGUUUGCCAGGCAGGACGAGCCUCAGAAGUCUGUAUGGAGCGGCUGGCUGACCUGCAUCAACGGCAACCCCGAUUACCUGCACUCCCUUCCAGAGGACUUCGUCUGCCUGCCGCUAUUCUGCAGCAGCGGGCCCGAGAAUCUCACCACAGUGGUCAAAUCCUGGUUCCAGCAGAACUUCGACUGCUACUUUGGCCCCCUGGAGAUCAGCCACACAAGCCUGCAGUGGCUCGUGGCAUUAUGGACCAACUGUCACACCGAGUCCAGCAUCCAGCACCUGAAAAUGAUUUGGACUCUUCCGGUGGCGCCGCCGCUGCAGAUCACCUACACGGUUAACCCGCAAGAUGCCUGGGAGCUGUGGAGCAGCGUGAGAAAGAAUCCUCAGGAGGAGAAUAAAGCAGGGAAGGAAGUGGAGGAGGACAGUAUUGACAUUGAGGAGGUGAUGAGCUUCAUCCAGAUGCUGAAGAGCCACUUUUACAGACACUUCAGGCUGGAUCUGUCAGCGGGGAGCCUGAACCAGGUCUCCACAGCACUGGGCUCAGCCAAGUACAGCGGCAGGAUAAAGAUCUCCAACAGCAAAUACAUGAUCACCACCCUGACGCUACUGACAGAAUGCGCCCUCCUGAAAAUGCCGAUCUGAGUGGCAGAAAACACCUCCAGGAAAUCCAGGACUACAAUCACUGCAUUCAUUUGUUAAAAAAAGGACUCGACAUGCAGCUUUGCGUCGCCGGCAUUUUCUUGGAAAAUGUGACUUUUUUUUUCUCUCUCUCUCUUUUAUACUUUUUUAAAAGCAUGAAACAGAAAGGUUUUUUUUCACAAUAUUCUUUGCUACUUUUCUCCAAAUCCAUCCAGCAUCUAAACACGACUGUGUUGUCCUAAUUAUGAUGAGUGUGGAAGAAGACAUUCCAGUGUUCAUAGUUUACCGCCGGGAUACUCAAUUUGCUUUU